AUGAGAACCAUUCAAAUAGUGUUGAUCGUUGCCAUGUUGGCCUUUAUGGCCACCGCUGCCAACAGCUCAAAGAAUGUUGUUGAGGACAUUCCAAUUCAAGGCGCUGACUGUGCCAUCUGCUCAUACUUGGUUGGAAAGGUCGAGCACUACGUUGCCGGCAAUUUGACUGAGAAGGAGAUUAUCAAGAACCUCGUCCACGACUGCUCUCUGUUGGGCCACGCUGCCCUCGAGUGCAAGCUGGCCGUCGAGGCUGAGGGACCCUCCAUCAUCAACAAGGUCAUCCAGAAGGAGAGCCCAACAGCUAUCUGCAUCGACCUCGGAAAGUGCAACGCUACCAUGACCGCCAACAUCGCUGCCGCCGCCUCUGCCAAGCUCUCCAAGGAGGCUCGCAAGCUCAAGGGUGAGAUCAAGUGCACCCUCUGCAACCACAUGGUCGGCAUUGUUGAGGCUGGCGUCGAGGGCAACCUCACCCAGGCCACCAUCGAGAGCGACCUCUACAGCUACUGCGCUGCCCUCGGUGACAUCAAGAUCAUCUGUGACGAUCUGGUCAACAUCUACGCCCCACGCAUCAUCGCCUCGGUCGAGAACAAGACCAACCCACUUGCCAUCUGCAUCGACAUUGGUCUGUGCACUGCCACUGACGCCGCCACCGUCGUCAAGAAGGAGUCCAAGAAGCCAGCCGCCGUCGUCGUCGCCAAGAAGGUCGGCGGAGACACUGAGUGCUCCCUCUGCUCAUACCUCGUCAGCCGCGUCGAGGUCCACAUCGCCGAGAACAUGACCGCCCACGAGAUCCUCGACAAGUUGAAGGCCGACUGCAAGGAGUACGCCGGAAAGGAGUCUGAGGAGUGCAAGAUCAUGGUCACCCUCUACGGACCAAAGAUCAUCGCCAAGAUCGAGGCCGACGGCAACCCAAUCGACGUCUGCACCGACAUCCACAUGUGCCGCAACUCCACCGCUUCCAUCAUGAAGCAGCUCGCUGCUGCCAAGAAGGUCGGAGGUGAGAUCGAGUGCACCGUGUGCAGCCUCAUCGUCAACCGCGCCGAGAGCUACUUCCACCUGAAGCUCAACGAGACUGAGAUCAUCAGCCGUCUUGAGAAGGACUGCGCCUCCAUCUUUGGCAGCCCAACCGACAAGCUCUGCGACUACAUCGUUGCCUCAUACGGCGAGAAGAUCAUCCAGAAGCUCCAGCGCGACGAGGACCCCCUCGUUGUCUGCCACGAGGCCGGUAUGUGCAGCGCCAACAUGACCGCCACCGCCACCAAGUGCACCAAGUCUGCCAAGUCUGCCUCCAAGAAGGUCGGCAAGAUCACCCCAGACUGCAUGCUCUGUGAGGUCAUGGUCGGCAAGAUCGACGCCUCCAUCAAGCACAAGGUCAACGAGACCCAGAUCCUCGACGACUUGUUGGCCGACUGUGCCACCCAGGGCUUCUUCAAGGGCGAGUGCGAGCACAUCGUCAACCUCUACGGACCAGCCAUCUUUGACCGUCUCAACUCUGGCAUGAGCCCACUCGUUGUCUGCAAGGAUGUUGGUCUGUGCACCGACUCCAAGAACACCAAGAAGGCCAACAAGAGAUUCUCUGCCACCCUUGCCCACUAA